CUCGCUUCUCCGUCUGCCCUCAAUUCGAUCCUCUUCCUCGCGGUCGCGGGCUCGCGGCUCCCUCUUCGCCAAGACCCCAACCCGUCGCUGCGGCGGGUGCGGCCACCGAUCGACGCGUACUCCCUGGCUCCCUCCUUCCCACCCGCCUCCUUCCCACCCGUUCGUCACGGAUCCAUCAGGGAUUUGGAUCGAUUUGCUUAGGUUAAAAUCAAGUAAUAUUUUGUUGGGCGGAAAAUACAAGGCCUACACCAGAAGGAAUACCCUUGCGCAGCAGAUGAAGAGCUGUCUCUGUGUGUGGUUUUGUUUGGUUUAUUUUUUUUGCAGUUGCAGGGGGAGAAUCUAAACAUUAUAUUGGAGGGACAAAUUCAUCUUGUUUACAUUUUAGUUUAUCUGUUGGGCAUUAACAUAGUUGAACGGUGUGCAGAUUUGUAUAGGUUAAAAAGUGAUCAGUUUACCAGGAGCAAGAUUUAGCCCUGAUGAGUACUGAAGUAGAUCACAGUUAUUUUGGUCUUUCUAUUCAUUUUCUCCUGAUAUUUAACUUUUUGCGUAAGUUUGCAGAUUAGGUCUUAAAAAGGGAUUGGGAUUAGGAUUUCUUGGAAGGGCCUGAGCUGUAUAAUUUUCCGAUCACACAGUGGGCUGCACAGGGUUAAAUUUACAGGAAUAUUACUUGUUGGCGUUCCUAAAAGAAGCAUAUGUUGUGAGCCCUGGUUUGUUUUACCUGCAUGUGUACCUUUUUGUCUACUUAGUCUUGCACACUGAUGACCUUUAUUGAGGCAUAGUGUCAGCCACAGUUGAAUCAUGGCGGAGCACUUGGCUUCGAUCUUUGGCACUGAGAAGGAUAGGGUCAACUGCCCUUUCUACUUCAAGAUUGGGGCUUGUCGUCAUGGGGAUCGCUGCUCCCGUCUGCACAACAGGCCAACCAUAUCACCGACUCUUGUGCUUGCUAACAUGUAUCAGCGUCCUGAUAUGAUAACCCCUGGAGUUGAUGCUCAAGGCCAACCUAUUGAUCCUGAGAAGAUGCAGGAGCAUUUUGAGGACUUCUAUGAGGAUAUCUAUGAGGAGUUGGGCAAGUUCGGUGAGAUUGAGAACCUGAAUGUCUGCGACAACCUUGCUGACCACAUGAUAGGGAAUGUCUAUGUCCAGUUCAGGGAGGAAGAACAGGCAGCUGCAGCAUACAAUGCUCUUCAGGGCCGCUUUUACUCUGGCCGCCCGAUAAUUGUGGAGUAUUCUCCUGUGACUGACUUCCGUGAAGCAACCUGUAGGCAGUUUGAGGAGAACAGCUGCAACCGUGGUGGCUACUGUAAUUUCAUGCAUGUGAAACAAAUUGGCAGGGAUCUCAGGAGGAAGCUCUAUGGGCAUUCCGCUUCCAGGAGGUACCAUGGGAGAAGCAGAAGCCGAAGCCCACCACCUCAAAGGAGGGGUCAUCGUGAUCGUGAUGAUUACCAUCGUGAUCGUGAUGAUUAUCGUCGUGGUGGCGGCGGCGGCGGACGGGGUAGAGGCAGCAGACAUGACAGGUAUGAUGAUGGAGGGGGCAGAGGCAGCAGGCACGACAGGUAUGAUGAUGGAGGAAGACGCAGGCAUGGUAGCCCACCACCAAGGCGUGGGAGGAGCCCAGUCAGGGAGAGCAGCGAGGAACGCAGGGCCAAGAUUGAGCAGUGGAACCGUGAACGGGAGGCAAAGCAGUGAGGUCUCUGUGGCAAGUGUCUCGAGAUGAGCAUUGUUCGCUGGAGUUGGAGUUGUUUAGCUCGUCGUUUACCCCUAUAUUUUAAGUGAACUUGUGUUGGUGAUAUUCUGCUUGGCUAAGUAACCUUUUUAAGUGCAGGGUUCCUCAGUUGUUAAUCAGACAUGUAAGCUUCGUUUAUUUCCAUCUGUGUUGCAUCGGAUCAUUUGCUAGCUUGCUGUCCAAGCUAGCAUUGGUGUGAGAUCAUUAUUGGUGUUAGUGUUAUGUCAGUUGUGACUUUGUCAUUCGAAUCACCAUAUGGUUUUCAGCUC